AUCUCCUUAGGUUUAAUUAAUCUGCUCCCCUCCUUCAGCAGCAGAAGGCUUCAAACGUCGAUUAGGGCGCCUACAUAGAAACCCAAGAGACCCGAGAAGAGCAGCAGCAGGAGUUUAAAACAGGUUGGAGUGAUCUGAAGGUGGUUGUCUCCCCGCAGGAUGCCUCUGCUGCCGGGGCUGCUGCUGCUGCUGCCUCCGCGGAUGUUGCGGGGCGCUGCGGUGCGGCAGGUCGCUCCGCGGCUCACUUACAGCUCAACUGCGCAUGCGCAGAUAAAACCCCAAAAGACAAAGUUUGGUCCACUGAGUGACCAGGACCGAAUCUUUACGAACCUUUACGGACGACAUGAUUGGAGACUCAAAGGAGCGCUCAGUAGAGGAGACUGGUAUAAGACCAAGGAGAUAAUCCUGAAAGGGCCGGACUGGAUCCUAAAUGAGGUGAAGAUCUCAGGCCUUCGAGGCAGAGGGGGCGCAGGAUUCCCCACCGGUAUGAAGUGGAGUUUCAUGAAUAAACCCAGCGACGGCAGGCCCAAGUAUCUGGUGGUGAAUGCAGACGAGGGGGAACCCGGUACGUGUAAAGACAGAGAGAUACUGCGUCACGACCCCCAUAAGCUGAUCGAGGGCUGCCUGGUUGCUGGAAGAGCCAUGGGGGCUCGAGCUGCAUACAUCUAUAUCAGAGGAGAGUUUUACAAUGAAUCAUCAAAUCUGCAGGUGGCCAUUAAUGAGGCGUACCAGGCUGGGCUGAUAGGGAAGAACGCCUGUGGCUCAGGGUAUAACUUUGACGUGUUUGUGAUGCGCGGGGCUGGAGCUUACAUCUGUGGAGAGGAGACGGCGCUCAUUGAGUCUCUAGAGGGCAAGCAAGGCAAACCUCGUCUCAAGCCACCUUUUCCUGCAGACAUAGGCGUCUUUGGAUGCCCAACGACCGUGGCCAACGUGGAGACGGUUGCUGUGGCACCGGCGAUCUGUCGCCGCGGUGGCGCUUGGUUCGCCAGCUUUGGGAGGGAGAGGAACUCUGGGACGAAGCUGUUCAACAUCUCCGGUCACGUGAACUUCCCGUGCACGGUGGAGGAAGAGAUGUCUAUUCCCCUGAGAGAGCUCAUAGAGAGACACGCAGGAGGAGUGAGGAGAGGCUGGGAUAAUCUGUUAGGAGUGAUCCCAGGUGGGUCCUCCACUCCCAUCAUCCCUCAGCAUGUAUGCAACGACGUUUUGAUGGAUUUUGAUGACCUGGCGCGUGCACAGACAGCUCUGGGAACUGCAGCGGUCAUAGUCAUGGACAAAUCAACUGAUGUGAUACGAGCUAUUGCACGUUUGGUUGAGUUUUACAAGCAUGAGAGCUGUGGCCAGUGCACCCCCUGCCGGGAAGGAGUGGACUGGAUGGAUAAAAUGAUGUGGAGGUUCGUCCGAGGAGACGCAGCGGUGUCAGAAAUCGACAUGAUUUGGGAGCUCAGCAAACAGAUUGAGGGACACACUAUUUGCGCCCUGGGGGACGGAGCGGCGUGGCCUGUUCAGGGCCUAAUACGUCACUUCCGGACGACCAUGGAGAGCCGCAUCGCUCAGUAUAAAAAGAAAAAUCCUCCAAGGAAGCAGGAGAUUGAGAUGAUCUGAACAUCAUAAAACAAGUCUCCGUCUAGUUAUGGUUGUAGAAAUAAAGGAUUAAGAUUUCUUCACAUAUUUUGAACCUGAAAGUAUUGCAAAACAACUUCAUUCAGACAUUUUCUGCAGCUUGGACAUAUAUUUGUAAUAUUUAAACAUUAAAACUGCUUUGUGAUAUAACUAUAAGCAACGGCUCACUAUUUCCAACGACUCGUUUAGCAAAUCUAAUAUUCACAACAAGCUUAAUAGAAAUGCAACAAAUACAAACGGAGUCACCCCAAUAAAUUAGGUUUAUUUCAUAAAAGGAUGAAUUUUAGCAGGUUCACCACUCCUGUAUGACCUGUACAAAAGAGUAAUUAGGAGAGAAAACUGACAAACAAACAGGGAGAGACACAAAAAAAAGGGCCAAACAGUAGGAAAAACUACUUUAAAAUAAAAUGGUCAUUGAUGUAUAACAUCAAACUGAUAUUUCUAUAGCUUUAGACCAUUUAAAA